GACGGCUCAGUGGGGAACCUGCAGGAGCUGGCUCAGGAGUACUCGCAGUACUACGGCGCCUCGCUCAGCGACGUGAGCGAAAGGAUGGAGGAGCUGCGCAGACGCAAGGUGGUACAAGACGUCGACACGGGAAAGGUGGACUGGAUGCCGGCGUCGCCGCAGCUUCGCUUUCAGAUCCAGGAAUCUCUUGGCCUGAGCAGCAGCACGUCCACUCCAGAGGCCGACAGAAGGUCUGCGGUGAACAGGUCCAGCUCAGACGAAGGCUCCGCGGGAAGAUGGGAGGCCAAGAGGAAGAGCAAGUCCAUCUGGCAAAGUUUCCGGAAGGUCCAGAAGUCUCCAGAAGUUCCUGGUUUUGUGCGACAGAUCUCCAAAGGAGACAGUGUGGGCUUUGUGGCGAGUGAAAUCACCAUGAGCGAUGAAGAGCGCAUCCAGCUGAUGAUGAUGGUGAAGGAGAACAUGAUCUCCAUCGAGGAGGCCCUGGCUCGGUUGAAGGAGUUUGAGGUUCAGAACCGGCAGACGUCCAGGUCCGACCCGGCAGAAUCUCCAGAUCCCUCCAGUUCCAGCACCAAUGAGUCCUUCAGCUGCACUAACUCAUGCUCUCCUCAGCCCUCUGACCCGGACAACAACCAGGAGGAUCUGCUGACCUUCAGGAGGCUCCAUAAGUUGGUCAUCUCAGGCCGCAAAGUAAAGAAGAAGCCGGUCGGUAGUGAAGAUGCCGGCGGACAAACAGCAGAAGAGGGGCUGAAUGUGGACGACCCCCCCUGUCCACGUGAGCUCAGGCCCCCGGCUCCACCAGAGACCCCCCCUGGUGUUAUACAGGAGCAGCUGGCUUCUGACUGCAUAAACCCCUCCCUUUCCCCAAGCAGUCUAAGCCCCGCCCACAACAGGGCUGCGGUGACCCGGGACACAAGGGCGCCGGCUGAGAGCUGCUCCUUUUCUGACCCAGAAGGCUGUGGUGCUACGGAGCCGAAACUGGCUCGCUCUGUGACGGACGGGGAGCUCCGCCCCCAGCUGCUGGGCUCACUGGGCCACCAUGGGAGAGCCUGCAGCUUCGGAGGAUUCGACUUCUGCAGCCGGGCGCCGCACGCCGCCGCUCCUGAGCACGAAGACAAGACCGACGGAGGCGUGAGGAGGAGCGGCAUGAGGAGGAGCACCGCGCGGUCCCCACAGGUGUCGCACAUCUCUCUUGGUAGAAAGGUGAGGUCUGUGAGGGAGACCAUGAGGAAACACAUGUCCAGGAGAUGCCCCGCCCCCCGCUCCCAGCAGUCCAGCCCGGAGCGGGUCUCCAGCUGCCCCCAGUCCCCCUACCCCGGAUCCACGGAUACCACCCAGCUGAAGCGGGGGGGGUCCAUGGAGAGUCUGAAGAGCUCGCUGAGUGGACACAGCUCCAUGAGCGGACAGACGGUCGGAACCACCGACUCCUCCAACAGCAACAGAGAGAGCGUGAAGUCCGAGGAUGGCGAGGAGGAGGAGCCUCCGUACCGGGGGCCCUUCUGUGGGCGGGCCCGGGUGCACACAGACUUCACGCCGAGUCCCUAUGACACCGACUCCCUGAAGCUGAAGAGCGGCGAUGUCAUUGAUGUCAUCAGCAAACCCCCCAUGGGAACCUGGAUGGGAAUGCUCCACGGGAAAGUGGGAACCUUCAAGUUCAUCUACGUGGACGUCCUAAAGGACAACAGCAAGCCCAGAAAGACGCGGCGCCGGAGGAGGGCCCGGCAGCUCCGACCCACGUCCGUGGAGGAGCUGCUGCAGCGCAUCAACCUGCAGGAGCACCUGCCCACCUUCCUGUUCAACGGAUACGAGGAUCUGGACACCUUCAAGCUCCUGGAGGAGGAGGACCUGGACGAGCUGGACAUCCGGGACGCCCAGCACCGCGCCGUGCUGCUGACCGCCGUGGAGCUGCUGCAGGAGUACGACGGCGGCUCAGGCAGCAGUGAUCCCGAGCGCGGCGCCGCCCCCGCGGGCUCGCAGGAGAAGCUGCUGCUGGACCGGCGGGGGCUCCAGGGAGACUCGCCGCGGGACUCCGGCUGCUACGAGAGCAGCGAGAACCUGGAGAAUGGUAACGACAGCCUGACCCGCCUGUGAGCUCCGCCUCCUGCCCCGCCUCCUCUGCAGAGGCUCUGCCUCCUGCCGUCAUCUGUAAAGACUCUGUUCCUCCUUCUCUGUCUCCUCAAACUAAACUGCUCCUCUUCAGAGACGAGUCUGUCCUGCAUUCAGUUUUCCUCUGCGGUUCUGCUGAGGUCCGAUCUGGAUGAGCUGUUCUCCAAAGUUCUGCUCCGGGUUCUGGUCUCAGGAUGUUUGCCGGCUCUGCCCCAGAUGGGCUGUGACCGUCGGUCGUCACGCCGCUGCUUUGGUCUGCAGACGUUUGCAGACGCAGAUCCUGGUCCGGUUUUAGUGACUCCAGGUUCUUUAGGAUGAAGUCUUUCAGGAAAGUUCCGGUCCGUCAAAGAUUCCCUGAAACUUUAAGAUUGUUUUUAUUAAAAAAAACAAAAAAAAACAAAGAAAGACCAAAAACGAGACAGAAAAGAAACAGCAGAACCAAGAAGAUGAUGACAAACGCGCUCCUCCAGGAAGGAGCUUUUAAUGAGGAAGGAGAACUUUAGCAGGAGGUGCAGGAGUGUCUGUUUGCUGACUGUCAGUGAAUGUCUCACUCUGUGGUUUCUACUGACGUGAAGCAGGAAGGCAGGAGAACGGUGGCGUUUGUGGAGCGUUCUUCUGCGGAUGAAUAAACUCAGUUCUUCAUCGCUGCGGUGCCUCCUCUUCUUCCUCCUCUGCUCCUGCUGCAGCUUCAUGGACCACACACACUGCACUCCUUCAUUUCAGGUGCAGACAUGGAAAGGUCCUCCUCUGGGUUUGAGCCUCCUCCUGUCUCCUGGCACCCCCCCCCCCCAAAAAAAAAAAACCUGCAAAAACUUUUU